GUGGAACGGGAGAUAGCUAUCAUGAAACUGAUAGAACACCCACACGUGCUCGGACUGUCCGAUGUGUAUGAAAAUAAAAAAUAUUUGUAUUUAGUACUUGAACACGUGAGUGGUGGAGAACUCUUCGAUUACUUAGUAAAGAAAGGUCGACUAACUCCUAAAGAAGCGAGACGUUUCUUUAGGCAAAUCAUAUCCGCUUUGGACUUUUGCCAUAGUCAUUCUAUUUGCCACAGAGACCUCAAGCCAGAAAAUCUGUUGUUAGACGAGAGGAAUAAUAUAAAAAUAGCAGAUUUCGGCAUGGCCUCCCUUCAACCUGCGGGCUCACUGCUCGAGACCUCUUGCGGGAGUCCACAUUACGCUUGCCCAGAAGUCAUUAGG